AUGUCGUCUGUAAGAGAAAAAUACAAGAGUCUAGUUGAUCAGUUUACCAGUCAAGUAGAAACUUCGACUUUGAGACAAGAUUCAAAUGAAUUCCAAGAACUCCUGACCACCGUGAUCGAGGGAUUUUUACAGUUAAAAACGACCGUCUACUCAUCUCUCGCUUUAUUCAGUAAAAAUGAAUCCCUGGAAGAUUUGACCACGUCUUCAAUGGAUCUCCUGGGUAUCGACUAUUACCUUGGUCUUCUCGUUGCCAGAAAGCAGGCGAUUCAAGUGAAAUCCCCGAGAGAUAGGAGUGUGUUGAGAUUAAAAUUUUUGCAAAAGUCUGUUCAAUUACUGGUUCAAUUUCUUGUAUCCCUUCAAGACUAUGAAAUUCUAGAUACAUUCUUAUCCAAGAAGUUAGAUGGAUUUGAAUCAACUUAUAGUCCAAGGUUAGACGACUUAUACUCGCAACCUAAUAGUUCUAAAGACUUAUCUGGUGCCCAGUUGAAAAGACAACAAAAAAUUGAACUAUAUCAGCUAUCCAAGAAGGUAGACGAAGCAUUAGAUCGGUUAGAAAAGGAUAAAGAUAGCGAUGAUGAAACUCUGAGACAAUUGAAGUUGUGCAAAUUGAGGCAGCUGUCAUACAAAGCCUUUGGAGAAAUUGAACAAAUUCUUUAUGAAAUAGAAUUACUCACUAAUUUCACAUCUUCUCCACCUCCUGAACACGAUGAAAAUCCUUCUGUGUCCCCUGAAAAGUCAAGCUCUACAGACUUUACUGACAAAUUAGAAACAUUAAAUAAACCUCUUUUAUCCAAAAAUGGAAAAAUCUUGAGGAACUUCACUUUAACUGAUAGCAAAUCCCAAUUGCAGAAAAAAGUGUUUGGAUAUGGCCAAUACGGUCCGACAAUGACUGUUGAAGAAUUUUUGGAAAAAGAGUUCGAAUCGGGACGCGUCCUACAAGGAGGAGAAGAACCGGAAGAAGAUCAGGAUGAGGACAAAGAAGAAUGGCAGGAUCGAGAAACGUACAAGGCUCGCGAAUGGGAUGAAUUUAAAGAGGCAAAUCCAAAGGGACAGGGCAAUACCAUUAAUAGGGGCUAG